UUUUUUUUUUUUUUUUUUUACUUGAGAUUGCCUUCCACCGCCCCAUGGUAAUAGUCAAAAACCUCAUGCUUCUAACAAUGCUGUCGUACGCCGGCUGCAGCUUGCUGAUCCUGUCCGCGUCUCUCGCCGGUGCCUCCCUGGCCGAGAUGGUGUUCCGCUGCCCGGGCUGCACCGCGGAGCGCCAGGCACUAUGCCCAGAGCUCACCGAGACGUGCCUGGAGAUAGUGCGCGAACCGGGCUGCGGGUGCUGCCCCGUGUGCGCCCGGCAAGAGGGUGAGAUGUGCGGUGUGUACACACCGAGAUGCUCCACCGGUCUGCGGUGCUACCCGACGCCCGACUCGGAGCUUCCCCUGGAGCAACUGGUGCAGGGCCAGGGCCAGUGUCGGCGCAAAGUGGACACCGAGGCGACGAUUUACAGUCAGGAGCACCGGGAGCACACCAGCGGUGAGGCUGUGGAGCUCCAACCUGAGCAGGGUGUUAGUGAGGUCACAGCUAUUCGGAAGCCCAGUAAAGAGACAACCUGGCUGGGACCCAAAGAGAGCGCUGUACGCCAGCACAGACAAGAGAUGAAGACCAAGAUGAAGACCAACAAAGUGGAGGAGGUGAAACCUACUCGGCCUAAACAGACUCAGUGUCAGCAGGAGCUCGACCAGGUCCUGGAGCGGAUAUCCAAGAUGCCCUUCAGAGAUAACCGAGGUCCCCUGGAAGAUCUGUAUGCCCUACAUAUCCCCAACUGCGACAAGAGGGGGCAGUAUAACCUCAAACAGUGCAAGAUGUCUCUCCACGGUCAGAGGGGAGAGUGCUGGUGCGUCGAUCCCCACUCUGGCCGACCUAUCCCAUCAGCCCCGACUGUGAGGGGUGACCCCAACUGCAGCCAGUACCUCAGAGAGCUGGAGUUGGAGCUUCCUGAUACGGCACAAAUCUAGUGUGGCAAGAAACCUUCUAAAACAACAACAAAAAUGUAAAGUACUUGUGAACAAAGAACAUCUGAGUAAGCUAUAUAUUAUGUUUCUUGGUGUAUGUGUCUCGAGUUCAUUUGAUGACACUGACAUUUGAAAUCUUAACCACCAAAAAAUAAAUGAUUCAAAUGAUUAAAUGAAUCCAGCUUUCUACAUAAGCUGCAACUGCAGCUUUCUCGUAGACAGAGCAGUAAAGAUAUGACUCGUUUUCUGCAUCGAUAUUUAGUAGUUGCCAGCUGGAAUGUCAGUAACUAUGCUUUAGUAAUUGUGACUUUUCUCAGAUUGCUUUGUUAUCAGUGUUUUGUACUAUCUAGGUUGAAAAAAUGAAAAGCCUUUAAUGUGUUGGAUGUUUUUCCAUGUGUUUUCAUGCUCUUGCUUCCAGACUAUUGUUAGGCUUUCAGUACUGCUGACUUUUAACACACAGCAUUGACAAUGAAAUGUAAUACGUGUUGACAGUAGCAUGCAUUAAAUGUUCAGCAGGAGGACGUGACCUUAAUUAACUGACAUACAGAUAAUGCCAUUAAAAUACUAAUAUGUUCA